UGGAAGACCGAACUGAGCAGCGAGAGCCCCCAGUCGAUCGGUUAAGCUCAAUCAGCUGGCGGAAUGAGUCGGGGCUUGAAUUUAUUUUUAUACGAGGCUGCAAGGCACGCGAUCGUCAUUUAGUAGCGAACCUUUACGCGAACCGCAUCGAUCCGCCAAUCGCGAUAGAAAACCAAGACACCAGCACACACAAUGUUCCAGAAAAGGAUUAUCGAGCUCAUCACGGUUCUGUUCUACUGGAUGAUUCUCGUCCCAAUCAUCUACAACUACUGCAAGGGGAAGAAAAUCAUCGAAAUGGAUAUGAACAAGCUAAUCGACUCGAUGACCACGCACGCCACAUUCGUCCUGUGCCUGAUGAUUGGAUACGUGAUCCUCUACAGGAUCGUUAUGUUCACCUACAUGAAGCUGAAGGUUUGCGACAUCGAGAUGUGGCACACCCUGAAGAAGACCAAGGAGGACCCGGAGUCGUAUCUGCAGAAGACCCACUACCAGCCCGUCUCCCUGGAGCACAUCGAUGUCGUCGACUCCGGGAAGAAGAAGAAGGCCAACACCCUGGGCUCCCCCCAGAUGAUCAGGACCAUCAGCGACCCGUUGCUCACCGAAGGCGACCUGGCCCGCAUCCACAUAAAGCACGAAACGAAGCCCCUGUCCAGUGCCACCAUGCCCAGGGUGCACCAGGUCAACGUACAUCCCAGUCCGAGUCCCAGCCUGAGGAGUGCCCCUGCCGUGCCCAAGAAGGACAAGAGCGGCGUCAUCAUGUCCCCCAUGAUGCCGCCCUGCCAAGUGGUGUGAUCAUGCCUCCCCAAGUCACUUGGUGAUGCUAUAGCUCUAUCAAAAGUCCGCGUCAAGUAUUAGCUACUGCCCAAAGAUCGACUAGCAAAUCGAAAAAAGACGAAAUUAGUCAAAUCAUUCCAGAAUAAAUAGCGAAAAUAUUUAUUAAUAAUUAUAAGACUGCGAUUGUUGCAUGUGUUCCUUUUGAGGCACAUCGUUGUACGUUAUAAAUCAAACUCGAAAAACACAACAUUAAAUUAAUGAAUGUUAUUAUUAUUAAUGUAUUACUUAUAGUAUAAAACGUGUAGCUCUCGAGUAACGAAAAGAGUGUAGCUAAAUUUAUAUGAAUAAAUACACAAAUAUUAAAA